AUGCAUGAGAUGACCUAUUACUCUACUUUCAAAACUCAACUCGUAACUUUCUACCUCCAACCCCUCUCCACCUACCUCCUAUCGCUUCUUCCUCAAAAAAUUCCUACCCUCCUAACUAAUACCCACGUCUUCUCUACUUGUCUCCGACCCAGCCAAGAACCCUACACGCUUCUACAUACACUGCAGCAUGCAUCUCCGCCUUUGGCAGAAAUUGAAAUCGCAGCUGAGAUUAUGGAUCAUUUGGCUGCAGGUAUAGAUACUACAGGUAUAGCGUUUACGUAUCUUUUGUAUAAACUUCCACAGCCUAGUAAUUAUAGUAUUCAGGAGACUCUUCAUCGGUCUCUUGUUUCUCCAGUGGCCAAGUCAGAGAUAGAUACAGAUACAGGUGCAAAAACAGAAACAAACACAGAAACAAAACCCAACCAAGAAACCCCACUAACAUACACCAACGCCGUCAUCAACGAAACACUGCGCCUCUACACACCAAUCCCCAACUCGCAACCACGACUCGUCGCCAAACACGAACCUAAAACCAUCGAUAAAUACCUGAUUCCCUGUAACUCCGCCAUCAGCGUGCAAGCAUGGAGUAUCCAUCGCAAUGGACGAAUAUUCGGGGACGCAGUAGAGGAAUUUCGUCCCGAGAGGUGGCUUAUGGGUGCGGAUGAGACGAGGGAGAUGGAGAGGGGUUAUUUGGCUUUUGGGAAGGGGGGAGAGCUUGUAUUGGGAAGAAUCUAG